AGAGGGGUUUGUGGAGCUCCUGGGUCCUCUCCGAUCUCCUCAGGAGCCCGCGGACUGCCAGUAUUUGAACAAUGAUUCUAAACAGUUAAACUACGAGGACCCUUACGAUGCAGAAGAGGGCACUGAAGAGGAAGGUGUAGAAGAAGGAGAGGUUUUUCUGAGAGAGGAAGAGGAGCAGAAGGAGGCUGUAGUAAAGGAAGAGGAAGAGCAACAGGAGGAGGAGGAGGGUGGUGUCUUUGUAGUGGCACUGUAUGAGUUUCGGGCCAUGGAACCAGGCGAGUUGGACUUUGAUAUGGGGGAUCGCAUACGUGUUAUAAACACUUUGGAAGACGGUUGGCUGGAGGGGGAGCUUCUAGGGCAACGUGGUAUUUUUCCUCAUCGUUUUGUCAAAAUAGAGGACGAUGGGCAGAAAACUGCAGAGGAAACAAAUGCUGUUGAACCAGAAGAAGACAAGGAGAACAGCUUUACUUCUGAACACAGCUCAGAUCGUUUAUGUCCCAACGAGUCAGAGAAUGAUCCUGAAUGGAGGCCAUAUGAGGAUCAUACAGUGUGGGACCUGGACUACUUUGAGAGGACUGAGGAGCAGAGGUGGCAAAGUGAAAACAAACAUACAGGAGCUCAAACUAACAACAGAGUACAGAGAGAUGAUGGUAGCAGGCCUGACUGUCAGCCGCGUAGACCUGUUGCUCCAACACAAAGAGGGCCCGAGAGACCCAAAUCCACUCCUCCAGCAAGGCCCAAACUCCCAUCUCGGCCUAGCCUGUCUACACAUAGCCAUAAGCACCAUGGACCAUCUUCUGGCACAAAUCAGUCUAACUUUACUAAUGGUAACACUCGAUCCUUACAGACCAAACUAACCCAUAGCCUAACCCUCCCUAGCACUCAGCAUGGUUGGUCUAAAGACAGCAGAUACUACCAGAGGCCACCAACGGAUAGUGCCAUCACCAAUGACAGAACUCCCAAGCUUGGCCAGAUGUUAUUUAACCUUGCUGAGGGCCAUAAACAGAAGAAGCUAACUCGCCACUCUAGUGUCAGUGAUGCUGAUAUGAUGGGCAGUGCUGAGACACGGCAACGUUCCCAGCAGACGGUGCGUGGCUCCAAUGGUAUAAUGCCAUCAUCCAUCACCUUAGAUGCCCUUGUAACCUCAGCUGGUGACCUGGAGGCCAAGCUAACCCAGCAACUUUUUGAAUUUGAGAAAAGCUUGACUACUUCAUAUAGUGAUACUAACAAGAGUUCUGGUGCUCCCAGGGACACGUCUUCUGUUGGUGAUCUGAGCCAGCAAUCCCAUGUCUCUCGCCACUUUUCUAUCCUGGAGUACAGUGAUGAAAGCGAUAUAAUUCGAGGCUCCUCACAUUCACCACUGUCCCACCUCUUGCAGUCGAACUCUGCCUCUUCCUCACUAGAGAGGCGCAAGAGCCUUCGCCCUCCUCCUCCUCGUCCUAGAGUCCUUCGUCCCCCAGCCCCACCUGCAUACAAACCAGCUCGCCCUGCUCCACGGCCCCCACCUCGCUGCCCGAGACACAAUACUGCUCCUCCAACCAGCAGCCACAUCUUCUACACCCCUGACGAACCAGCUAUAAACACCAUCAACCAAAUAACAGAAGGGCAGGCUGAGUUUGGUGACCUUGCAGCUGCCCAGGAACAUGAAAUCCAGUGCCAGCUGGAAGCCGAGAAAGAGCUGGAGAGAGAGAUGGAGUUGGAGAGGCAGAGGCAGAGGGAAGAGGAGGAAAAGUACCAGCUGCUGCUACGGCUACAAGAGGUGGAGCACGACAUGGAGGCAUAUGCACAUACAGCGGAGGAACUCAGGACCAUGUUGGAGGAGGAGGAAGACGAGACAGCCCGCACGCAAGCCAUGGAGAAUCUGGAGUUCUGCAACUACACACUGGAGACACUGGCCCUGGAGCAGCAUCAGCUACAAGAGAUGACACUCUUGUCGUCCCAACCCAAACCCCUGGACUCCAUCCCGAUCCCGGACUCCACCCCUGCCGCCGGCAUGGGCACAGAGGAUCCCACGCUGAGGAUGAUGGAGAAAAGGUCAAAGGUGAUCGAGGAGCUGCUGCAGACGGAGAAGGACUACAUCAAAGACCUGGAGAUGUGUGUCGAGGAGAUCAUCAUGCCUCUGCAGAAGAAACAGGUGAAGAAUGUGGACUUUGAUGGGCUCUUUGGCAACAUUGGCUCUGUGAUCGACCUGUCAAAGCGCCUGUUUGAUACACUGCAGGAAACAGACUCUAUAGGAAAGGUAUUUCUGGACUUCAAAGCUGAGCUGGAGGAGGUGUACAAGAUCUACUGCCAGAACCACGAUGAUGCCAUCUCUCUGCUGGAGAGCUACGAGAAAGACGAAAGCAUCCAGCGCCACGUGUUGGAGUGUCUGGAGAGACUGAGGGCCAUAUAUCGCAAGUGGGGGAAGACAAAUUACAUCAACCUCGGCUCUUUCUUAAUCAAGCCGGUGCAGCGGGUCAUGCGUUACCCACUGCUGCUGAUGGAGCUGCUGGGGGCCACGCCGGAGAGCCACCACGACAGGCCCCAGCUGACCCAGGCUCUGCAGGCCGUCAAAGAGAUCAACGGAAACAUCAACGAAUACAAGCGCAGGAAGGACCUUGUGGUGAAGUACAGGAAAGGUGACGAGGAGACGUUCAUUGACAAGAUCUCUAAGCUGAGCAUGCACUCCAUUAUCAAAAAAUCCAACCGAGUCAGCAGCCACCUCAAGCACCUCACAGGAAUCUCACCCCAGAUUAAAGACGAAGCAUUUGAUGAGGCUGAGAAGAGGUUCAGGCUACAGGAGAGACUCAUCAAGUCUUUUGUCAGGGACAUUUCCUUGUACCUGCAACACAUAAGGGAGUCGGCGUCUGUGAAUGUCUUGGCAGCCAUCAGUUUCUCUGACAUCUACACAGAGCGCAGCAUCCUCGACCCCGCUCGCUUCCAGAGAGCUCACCGCUGCAUCAGUGACAAACAGUUCACCCAAUUUAAGGAGCGCACGGAGGCCUUAGUCGUCAACCCUCUCACGCAGCUCCUCCUCAUGUUUGCCGGGCCGCACAAACUCAUCCAAAAGCGCUUUGACAAGCUGCUGGACUACGACAACUGCAAGGAGCGCGCCGACCGCCUGAAGGACCGCCGUGUCCAGGAUGAGCUUCAGGCAGCACGCAACAACUAUGAGGCGCUCAACGCCCAACUUCUGGACGAACUCCCCAAGUUCCACGGUGCGGCGGAGGAGCUGUUUACUGGCUGUGUGAGGGCUUUCUCUCAGGCUCAGAAAGACUUCAUGAAGACGACGCUGGGAGAGCUGAAGCCCCUCCUACACGUUUUUUCUAACAAAGCUGGAACAGAGAGCAACCUGAUUGCACAGUUCCAAGAAGAGUAUGAGCGAGUUCUCCAACUUCUGCAGGGCUUUAGCUUCUGCCCGGAGAACCUGCCUCCAGUCACGUCCGCAAAAAAGCCCUUCGAGAAGAAGACUCUGGAGAAGCAGGCCCCUAAAAAGCAACUGCAGGCACCUCCCAACUGCAACAUGCAGACAGAUGAGCACCGUGCAGGACUUCUGGUACUCUAUGGUCCUGAGAAACUUUUCCAGGCAGAAAGAAACUUCAACGCAGCCCAGGAUCUGGACGUUUCUAUACAAGAGGGAGACCUUGUGGGUGUAAUCAAGCAGCAGGACCCCAUGGGUAGCAACAACCGCUGGCUAAUUGAUAAUGGAGUCGCCAAGGGUUUUGUGUACAGCUCCUUUCUCAAACCCUACAACCCACGCAGGAGCCAGUCAGACGUGUCCAUCGAGAGCCAAUCGUCCAAUGAAUCAGGCUACGGCGGCUCCUCCCCUGUUUUCUCCCGCCAAAACAGCAGCAGCACACUGACUUUUAACCAGGAAACGGCCACCGUCACUUUUUCCACUUCGCAGCCCCACAGUCAUUCAUCGCCACAACCGUCUCUGGACUCUGCCUCAUCUCAUAGGAGUCACCACAGAGAUGCAGCCAACCCUGACUCUGCCUGUCAGAGCAACUCCAUGAGCACCUCGCCCCGAAAUCCCUCGAACCGCAGGGAAUUCUCAGACCAAACACAACGAAAUCCUCCCAGUCACAGAGACAAGGAGCCUUCUUACCGGCACAGAGACACGUAUGAUAAAAGUUAUGCAAGUCACAGAAGCCAGAGGGAGAUGUCAGACCUCUCGGAGACAGACUCUUAUUCUUCACUCAGAGACAAUCGCUCACAACGAUAUGGACACUCAGACAAAACCUACAGUUCAUACCAGUGGAGAAAUGGAGAUAAUUCUGGCCAGAAGAGGACUGCUUACUCCAGAGAUGAUUACAUCGAGCCGGAGCCAGAACCAGAACCAGAACCAGAACACAACAGUGAAUUAGAUGGUCAUCAGAUUUAUUACGCGCUCUACUCCUUCGAUGCCCGUUGUGCCAAUGAACUGAGCAUCUCAGCCAAUGAGCGGCUGCGGAUUCUGGAGUUCCAGGACAUGAACGGCAACAGAGACUGGUGGCUGGGAGAGGCAGGAGGCCGGCGAGGCUACGUACCUUCCAACUACAUCCGCAAAUCAGAAUAUACAUGAACAGGUUCGAUGAUGUGGACGAUACCUGAGACUGAUCUUCCACCCUAAGUCGGCUCACUCCGCAGAGUAGACGGAACAAGACAGGCAUCUGGACACGCCGUGACUUAUUUUUGAACUGUUGUCAUGAAGUUUGAUAGUGAGAUGGACUGACUAUUGCUGCGGACUCUGCUAAAAGUUAGCAUUAUAUGCCUAUAUUUAUAGAUUUUUUAUAUUAUUUUUACUUACUGGAAAUUGCACCCUACCCUCUCUUGUUUCUAGUGAAAAACCUGUGAAUUGCUCCAGAAUUUUGCCAUAUUCUCUAGGACUGAAGACAAUGAAUUUAAGAGAACACAUUGGGAGAUUUCAAUGGAAAUGUGAAUGUUUUGGGUUCAGACUGGUUCUUCUAAACAAACAUCAAGUGGUAUGCAGACAGACUGACCUAAGCACUGUGGUAAUUGUUAAUUACUUUUUUUUCUGCAUGUGGUUUAUCACAUCACUAGAAUGAUGCAUGAAUAUAGAUGCAUUUACACCAUACUUUUCCAACAAUAAAGGUUUGAGGCACUUAUAAUGAUAAUCCUCUGGUUGCAAGUUUUGAAGUGUCUGUGGAGCUGUCAACAAGAAUCUGAAGUGUUGUAUGAAAGAAAUAUGGACAAUAGGAAGUAUUAUCAAGGGCAAUUGGGACAGCUGAAUGGCAUAUAAUAUGUGGUUUACAAGCACUCCCCUUGUCAGUAACCUGAAUACAUUUGUGAACUGGGUUGACACUGUGCGAAUAGGUGACGACCCAUUUUACCUGUAAGAGGAGGUUAACAAAAAGGGAGAGAGAUUGGGGUCUGAUCUUAACUCUGAUUUCUCCACAUACUGGCCAUGUACAUUAUAUAUAGUGCUGUAUAUUAAAAUAUGCUAUUGCUCCCACAGUAAAAAGUUUGAAUAAAAAACAGCUCAGCUGACAAAUCACAA